CACGGAAGUUACGUUGAGUCAAUGCUCUGUUUUCAUGUGCUAAAGGGAAUUUUGGUCACCUAGCUUGCCUUUUCACAGAGCAUUAUCAUACUCUUACCAAUUACCACUUGGGUUUUACAUUUUACCAACGAGUCUAUGCAGGGAGAGAAAAGGAAUAUUGCAACCAUUUUGACUGAAAAUGCAAAGGAAGCUAGGUAGCAUUAACGUCAGCUAACGUUAGAUACCGUUAACUUAACAAUUUUCUAAAAAGAAAUGGCAGAUAAAAAAGAGAAAAGAUUUAGGUUUGUGAUCGUGGGAGGUGGCAUCGCGGGUGUGACAUGUGUUGAGCAGCUGUCAUCCCAGAUUCCUUCAGCUGACGUGGCCCUGAUUACAGCAGGUCCCCAUAUCAAAGCAGUGACCAACUAUAAACAGGUUUCCAAGACACUGGAAGAGUUUGAUGUUGAGGAGCGACCAUCCAGUGUUUUGGAGGAGAAGUUUCCCAACCUGACUGUCAUCCACUCUGCUGUCAAAUCACUUCACACACAAUCACAUUCAGUGGAAACUGCAGAUGGCCGGGUUUUUGGUUAUGAGAAGCUGUGUAUCUGCAGCGGUGGCAGACCCAAGCUCCUAACCCAGGACAACCCUUAUGUCCUAGGGAUACGGGACACAGACAGCGCCCAGGAGUUUCAGAAGCGGUUAUCCAAAGCUAAGAGAAUCGUUGUUGUUGGCAAUGGAGGGAUUGCCUUGGAAUUAGUGUAUGAAGUGGAGGGCUGCGAGGUGAUCUGGGCUGUGAAGGACAAGGCCAUAGGAAACACAUUCUUUGACGCCGGGGCGGCACAGUUCCUCAUCCCAGCACUGGUGGCGGACAAACCAGAAAGUGCUGCCCCCUGUAAAAGAACUCGCUACACCACAGAAGAACCAGCACCUGGAGCGUCCCAGACCUUCACAGCAGAUAGAAACUCACGAAGGCAUGGUUCUGGUCCUACAGAGGCUGGCAGUGCCCUUGGUCCAGACUGGCACGAAGGAAUAGUUCUACGAGGAACAGAGCAGGUGUCCCGCAGAGUUUUACUGGAAUACCAGUGUGAGGUGGAAAAGAUCUUCACCUCUGAGGAGUUGCUCAAUUCCCCACAGCAAACACUCAGACUCGAGAAUGUAGGAUCCUGGCCAGUUUACAUCCAGCUAACUAAUGGAAAAACAUUUGGCUGUGAUUUUGUUGUCAGUGCCACCGGUGUCGUGCCAAACACUGAGCCAUUUCUCAGUGGCAACAAUUUUGCACUGGCAGAUGACGGCGGCCUGCACAUAGAUGACCACAUGAUGACAUCAGAGCCAGAUGUGUAUGCUGCAGGAGACGUGUGCACUGCAUGUUGGGAACACAGCCCUUUGUGGCAGCAGAUGCGUUUGUGGACGCAGGCCCGUCAGAUGGGCUGGUACGCCGGCCGCUGCAUGGCGGCACACGUCCUGUCAGAACCAAUAGAACUGGACUUCUGCUUCGAACUCUUCUCACACAUUACCAAAUUCUUCAACUACAAGGUGGUCCUGCUGGGAAAGUUCAAUGGGCAGGGCCUGGGGCCCGACCAUGAGCUGCUGUUACGCUGCACCAAAGGCCAGGAGUAUGUCAAGGUCGUUCUCAGUGGAGGCAGGAUGGUGGGAGCGGUGCUGAUCGGGGAAACAGACCUGGAGGAGACCUUUGAGAACCUGAUCCUCAACAAGAUGGAUCUGACCCCGUACGGAGAGGAGCUGCUCAACCCUGACAUUGAUAUAGAGGACUACUUUGAUUGAGCAUGACGGGUGUGAUUCAGUAACACGUUGAGCCUGAAGAAUGUCUAAAGGCAUGAGAAGGAAAUGUGCAUUCUAUUAUGUUCAUGCUGAUAAGUGUCUUUUUCUUUUCUUUUUUAGUGGCAAUGACAAGUAGCUGUCUGAUGAAGUAGUGAUUGUCUUUCUUAGUCUUAUACAAACACUUGUACAUUUUAAGAACAUAUAUUUGCUUUAAAAUAAAUUAUUUCCAAAACCAAGUGUACAAAAUUAGUACUUGAGUGAUAUGUUUAGAAAAGGCUUUUUCAUUUAGUCGUAGCAUUAAUGCAAAUCCAUCACUUCAUACACUCAAAUCAGACACUUGCAGGUAUGAGACACUGUCACUUUUUUUAAUCAGAAGAAUGUGAUAUGUUCAGCAAUACACGGUGGUAAAGAAAGAUAAUCAUUUUGUUGCUAUGUUGUCUUUGUGACUCUUGAUCAAAUUUCCACCUUAGCUACGGCUCCUCCUCCUGUGCCCCAGCAGGCGUUAUAACAAUAGACGUGAUCAGGCUCACAUGAAUGCUGUCUAUUGUUCCUUGGAUAUGUUGCUCUUGGAGAUUUGAAAAUCCACUUUUAAAAGGACAAGAAACAUUAAAAGCUGAGUGGAAAGAGUCAUCUCCGCAAGGACAAUUUAAACACCCAUUUCCACUUGUAGGUCUGCCUGAAGGUUUGUGUUUUGUAGUUGUGUUUUUUGUGUUAGUGUGGUUCACUGACAGGAACCUGCCCACAUUGAUUUAGCUGCUACAAUUGGCUAAUAAAGGUUGAUAUGGCAA